AUGGAUUAUUGGCCUUAUUUUAUUGGUCCAACUAUUCUGAUAGCAUCUGCUGGACUAGGCACUUGGAGUCGACGUAAUUUUAUUAAAUAUAAUAAAAAUCAGAGUCAACAGAAUGCAAUCGAGUCAACUGAUGAACAACUUCCCCAAAAUGAAGUUCCUCAAUCUAAUUUUGCUGAAAUAUCCUCGACCAAUCGUGAAAGACUACAGAAAACCAACGCUAAUGACUCAAUGACUUUUAAUUAUGCAACUAAACCACAAGAAACUCAGAUGCAAACAAUAAUAAUGAUGCCAAAGGAACCAAAAAUUCCAAAACAGUCAAAAAUGCCAAAACCAGAAAAAGCUCACCACUUUAAUCCAAAAGAGAAAUUGCCACAUUUUUGCAAGGCACCAAAUGAUGGAGACAUGAUCAAGAGAUAUUGA